GAAUCUGGUCUGCUUACUCCCGUGGCCACCCAUUGGCCGUGAUGGAGCCCGCACCGCACGCCUUCUCACCGGACCGCAAAACUUGAAAGAAGUUCCAGACGGCUACCGUACGCCACGGCCACCACAAUCUCCUCCCUCUCACGGCAGCCGCCGCCAGCACCACCACCACUCGCUCCUCUACUCCACAAUAACCGUCUCGCUCAUUCCUUCUCUUGCUUCACUUCGUGAUGGUUCUCCCCUCCCCUUAUUUCUCCCUCGCAAGGAGGCACGUCGGCGGCGCAUCGGCCGUAGCUUCCUCCUCCUUCUUCCAACUCCGGCGGAUAGCCCUCCGGCUGCCGCUCCGCUUCUACCCUCUUCCAGAUCCAUCGGAGGCAGGUCGUCUGACGCUGCUCAAGAAGCAUUCUUACCACCUCCCCCGCGCUACUCUAUCUUCCUUCUCGAGCGCAGGCGAUGGGGAGGAGCCCGUGGCGGAACGGAAGACACCAGAGGAGGAGGAGGAGCUCCCAGAGAUGGCGAAGGCUUUCAACAUCUCGUCGCGGACGGCCACCUCGGUCUGCUUCCUGAUCGCCUUCGCGGCGCUGACGCUGCCGCUGGCGAUGCGGUCGCUGGCGCAGGCGGCGGGCGCCAAGGCGCGGGCGCUCACCUACCUCACCCUGCUCGCCGGCUUCUACAUGGCUUGGAACAUCGGCGCCAACGACGUGGCUAACGCCAUGGGGACGUCGGUGGGUUCCGGGGCCCUCACGCUCCGCCAGGCCGUGCUCACCGCCGCCGUCCUCGAGUUCUCCGGCGCCUUCCUGAUGGGAACCCACGUCACCAGCACGAUGCAGAAGGGGAUCCUCGUGGCCCCUGUUUUUCAGGGGAAAGACACUCUGCUCUUCGCUGGCCUUCUCUCUUCCCUCGCAGCCGCCGGCACAUGGCUACAGGUCGCAUCGUUCUACGGAUGGCCGGUCUCCACCACUCACUGUAUCGUCGGAGCCAUGGUUGGUUUCGGGCUGGCCUAUGGCGGAGUAGACGCGGUGUUCUGGUCAUCCCUGGCGAGAGUGACUUCGUCGUGGGUCAUCUCGCCGGUCAUGGGAGCCGCGGCCUCGUUCUUAGUCUACAAGUGCAUCCGCAGGUUCGUAUACAGCGCCCAAAAUCCAGGGCAAGCGGCUGCGGCGGCAGCGCCCAUUGCAGUCUUCGUCGGUGUCACGGGCAUUUCCUUCUGUGCCUUCCCCCUAAGCAAAACCUUCGCCGUUUCGCUUGCUCAGGCCUUGGCCUGCGGCACAGCCGGCGCGCUCAUCGUCAGCAAAGUAAUCCACAAGCAACUCGGCCACCUCCUCAUCUCGGAGGCGGAGAAGGGGAAGAUCACCGGAGAGAAACCGCACCGGCAGAACGUGAGCUUUCUCUCCGACAUUGCUGGCCCAACUGGCGCGCAGUUGGAGAUCGUCUACGGCGUGUUCGGUUACAUGCAGGUCCUCUCCGCCUGCUUCAUGUCCUUCGCCCACGGCGGCAACGACGUCUCCAACGCCAUCGGCCCGCUGGCCGCCGCCCUCUCCAUCCUCAACCAUGGCGCCUCGGUCGCCUCUGAGAUCGUCGUCAUCCCCACCGACGUCCUCGCUUGGGGCGGUUUCGGCAUCGUGGCGGGGCUCAUGAUCUGGGGCUACCGCGUCAUCGCCACCAUUGGGAAGAAGAUCACCGAACUGACCCCGACGCGGGGCUUCGCGGCCGAGUUCGCGGCGGCGUCGGUGGUGCUGGUGGCGUCGAAGCUCGCACUCCCCAUCUCGGCGACCCACACGCUCGUCGGCGCUGUCAUGGGCGUGGGCUUCGCUCGGGGGUUCAACAGCGUGCGCGCAGAGACCGUCCGCGAGAUCGUGACUUCCUGGGUUGUGACUAUUCCGGUCGGCGCAGUUUUGUCGGUCGUCUACACAGCAAUCUUGACCAAGUUGCUCUCCUUCUUGAUUUAAGCUCUCACUUUUUUUUCUUUUUUUUUUUUGAAAAAAAAAGGAGUUAAACCUCGAUUGCCAUUCUACGAACAGUUCAGAUGUCCAGAAGCAGAGAUCGAGGAUGGCAUAGCAAGGUUGGUCAGUGUACAAUUAAAUCCAAUUUCUAUUUCACGUGAUUGGUUUCUGUGUUUA